UAGUUCAGGGGUGUCAAACUCGCAGUUAUGGCUGCCCUCUAAGGGCCGUUUGUAACAGUGAAUGAAUGGAAAUGUCUUAUUGCCUCAUUACAGUAUAUUAUGUUUUUUUUACUGAUGGAUAACUUUCUUUAAAAUCGUAAGUCAAUUUGACAAACAGAUAUAUGGUCAGGCUGGUCUCAAUCUUAUAUUGAUACUGGAUAUCGAUCCAAUAUCAGCAAAAAAAAACAAGUAUGGGAUUGUAUUAUGUAAGGGUGCACAAAAAAAAAAUCAAUUCACAUCCAAAUCGUGAUUCUUAUUCAUGCCGAUUCAUCAUUUAAAAAAAUUGCUUUAAAAAAAAAAAAUGUAUAUAUAUAUUUUACAGUUUUUUUUCUUUUUUAGUUAGAAUCAAUUUCUAAGAAUAUGUUUUUAAGCCAUCUCCAUGCAACCAGAAGUAGCUCUUCUAACCUGUAACUUGUUUUGAAAAAGGGAGAUGGACAUAACUUUAUUUUUCCUAGCGUGGAAAGAAGAAAGUGAGUGUGAAGGACAGUGCUAAAAAGAAGUGGAUGAUAUUCAUUGGAAUUGAAGAAAGAAAUCAUCAAAAACAUGAGCGAGCAACUAGUUGGCUAACUUGGUGAAGCAGUUGAAGUAUAGCACUGCUAGUCUGCACCAUACUGAAGCGGUGUGAGUCGAUAACCAGCCAAGGACGUUUAUCCAUAAAAAUAUGGAGAAGCUGCUGAUGGUCUGUUUGACAGUGAAACAGCUGAAAGGAGGAAUUAUUUGUUAAAUUACUGUACUUCAUAAAACUAUUGCACUUGUUUUUACUACUUUUUAUUGCAUUGUUUUUAUACAACGUUUAUCAGGGGUGCCCCAAAAAAUCAAUUCACAUCCGAAUCGGGAUUCAAAAAUCGAUUUGGAGGAAAAAAAAGUUUAUAAUUAUUUUUAAGAACCACUUUUUAAAAAUAAAUUUUAGGCCAUCGCCAUGCAACCAGAAGAAGCUUCUCUAACCUGUUUUAAAAAGAGUUUCAUUGUAAUUAUUCUACCAAAUAAUACAUUGCGAGAAUCGGCUUGAAUCAAGAAUUGAUUCUAAAUCAAAUCGUCACCUCAAGAAUCGCGGUGCACAAAGAUUCACACCCCUAUUAACUUGCAUGUAAAAUUUACGACAUAAACUACGAUACAAUUAGUUCUGCAGCGUGUUUACUUGUGUCGUCAGUUAACAUCUAAAUAUCCUCCAAUAAGCACACAAGGUUGGUGUUGUAUUUUAGUCAAGGUAUUUACAACAGGUAAACAUGGUAGACUACUAGGAGCCAGCAGCUACACAACAGUUGAGCACACCAUAGCACACAAGCUAGACAUACAGUAUGUAAUAAGUGUCCGUAAAUAUGUUGCACAUUUGUCAAUAUAAACAAGUAUCAAAUAAUUAUAGUUGCAUUUUACAUAAAAAUAUAUUUCCCAGGCAGAAACUUAUUAGAAAGUACCUAGUAACAAACGUGUUCGCAUCGUUGAUUUAUUUGCUUCGUUAUGAUCUUAACAUCAUUAGGUAUUCUUGGUACAAGUUGUCGCCAAUAAACAAUUACCACACCACUUCAAUUUAAAGACAGUUUACUGUAGGUCCAUUCCAAAUGGUUAUUAAACAGUGUUUUUCAUGCCUGCCGUUUUCUGAGUAUUUUUUAUUGAUCAAACCUUUUAACACUACAAAAUAAAUGUAUGUAUGAUUCCUGCUGAUAUCAGAUCGGAUUACCGUAUUUUUCGGAGUAUAAAUCGCUGUGGAGUAUAAAUCGCACGGGCCGAAAAUGCAUAAUAAAGAAGGAAAAAAACAUAUAUAAGUCGCACUGGAGUAUAAGUCGCAUUUUUGGGGGAAAUUUAUUUGAUAAAACCAACACCAAGAAUAGACAUUUGAAAGGCAAUUUAAAAUAAAUAAAGAAUAGUGAACAACAAGCUGAAUAAGUACGUUAUAUGACGCAUAAAUAACCAACUGAGAACGUGCCUGGUAUGUUAACGUAACAUAUGGUAAGAGUCAUUCAAAUAACUAUAACAUAUAGAACAUGCUCUACGUUUACCAAACAAUCUGUCACUCCUAAUAGCUAAAUCCAAUGAAAUCUUAUACGUCUAGUCUCUUACGUGAAUGAGCUAAAUAAUAUUAUUUGAUAUUUUACGGUAAUGUGUUAAUAAUUUCACACAUAAGUCGCUCCUGAGUAUAAGUCUAUGAAAAAACUGGGACUUAUAGUCCGAAAAAUAUGGUACUAUUAGUAUUGGCCAAUACUCAAGGCUGCAAUAUCUGUAUAAAGUUGUAUCGGGACACAUUCUAAUUUAAGUAUUUUUGAUAACAAAAAAAACGUUUGGAUUAUCUUGUUGCAUGGUCAAAUAGUCAUUAAGUUUCGAAGAUGGGCUUUCCGUGGCCACAUAAGAAGUGGCUCUGGGACUUGAGUGACGCCUGUGGUCAAAGUCAGUUUCUGAAAAAGGAAACUGUUUGUGUCAUGAUAGUUAUGGUUGCUACAACAGAGGGAAGUAACCUGUGAGGAAGUCCCCUUAAAAUGUAAUGUUUACACAAUGUUUUGGAAGGCAACAAGGAAGUGGAUCAUGUGUUAUAUAUAUAAAGACACACAACGCACGGUGAGAACAGUCAUGUAGAGAAUCUGUCACUAGAAGAGUUGCCAUGGAGCUGACAUCUGUUCUUAAAGCUCUGGGGUCUUUAAGUCUGUUCCUGGCAAAUUCAGCUCCAGCAGUUUCUGAAAAUUUUUCACCAGCCAUCAUUGGACCUGAGCACAUUCAAAUAAAGGCACAACCAGGGCAGUCAUUGAUUCUACAUUGUGAAGCCGUGACCAACAGUGAGCACGAUGUGACGCUCCUCUACUGGCUCAUCAACGGCUCAUUCCCUGAAGACAUUCCCAGCAAUGACAGAAUAACCGAAUUGGAGACAGCAACAUUUUUGGAUGGUGCAAUUGAGCAGCGGAGUUUGCUGCUAAAGAAUGUUAUCUUUGAGGACCUCGGCGCCACCUUCACCUGUGUGGUGAUGAAUAGUUUUGGUAUGGCUUACAAGAAUGUAACGCUCACAGCAAAAACUGAUGACUGUUAUGCGUUGAAAAAAACCCCAAUUUAAAAACAUACUUUUGCUAGAUAUACCAAUAAGGGGGAAAUGAAAUGAUCAUGUGAGGAUGUUAUUGUGUACACUGUAACUGUAUGUAGUGAAUUGUUGCGUAAUAGGUGAUUAUGAAAUGUGUAACUCUAUUUGGUAGUUAAUUUAUGAAUCGGAUUACGUAUGAAGAAUUGUGCAAAUAUGUCUGGGUUUAGGAAAAAGGUAAUGCUUCUUCCGGCAGAGAUUAUUCCAGAGAUUAUUUUUUAUAUUGUUUUCAUAAUAAAGCAAAUGAAUAACACAGUAACCUUGACAGUACCUAUAACUUAUUUAUAAUAAAAAAUAUACAUAUUUAUUAUGCUCUUUGGAAUAUUUGCUUGCCAGUUGUAUCCCAAAUUAUAAACUAGUUACAUAUACAGCGCAUCCGCAAAGUAUUCACAACGCUUCACCUUUUCCACAUUGUUAUGUUACAGCCUUAUUCCAAUAAAUACAUUUUUGUCCUCAGAAUUCUACAGAUAAUACCCCAUAAUCCAACCAUCCAUUUUAUACCGCUUGUCCCUCUGCAAUGACAAUGUGAAAAGUUAUUUUGUAAUUUUUUUUGCAAAUGUAUUAAAAAUAGAAAACAAAAAUCACAUGUACAUAAGUAUUCACAGCUCCUGCUCAACACUUUGUUGAUGCACUUUUGGCAGCCUCAAGUAUUUUUGUAUACAAUGCCACAAGCUUGGCACACCUAUCUUUGGGCCAGUCUUGCCCAUUUCCUUUUUGCUGCACCUCUCAAGUGCCAUCUCAUGUCUCUGUACAUUGCUGCAUUCAUCUUUCCCUCUAUCUUGAUUAGUCUCCCAGUUCCUGCCACUGAAAAACAUCCCCACAGCAUGAUGGUGCCACCACCGUGCUUCACUGAGGGGAUGGCAUUGGCCUGGUGAUAAGCGGUGCCUGGUUUCCUCCAAACGUGAUUUUCUAUAUUUUUUACCUUAAUAAAUUAGCAAAUAAAAAAUAAAAAUAAAAAAAAUAAUUUUGAGGACAAAAAUGAAUUUAUUGUAUUUUACAAAUAAGGCUGUAUCAUAAAAUGAUCCGGAAAAAGUGAAGCACCUUCAAUACUUUCUGGAUGCACUGCAAAAACUAAUAAUGCACACUUUUGGCUGUCUGACACUGAAUAUGUUACGGAAUUACACGUCAUACUAAAACCUGCUCCCUAAUAUUUUCCCUUUCAUGUAGCUGCGCGCCAUGAUGUCUGAAAUAAUAAUAGUAAUAAUAAAGUGUAAUCACAAUAUACUACACAUUUGAUGUCAAUUGAAUGCACUAACAAGGUGCAGAAUUCAAAGUGGGAAGUGCCGCAUCUUGGAAAAAUAAAGAAAAACGUCUAUCAAACCUGCUAAAACGUAUGUAUUUUAUUAAGUGCGACAAAAGACCAAUACAGUCAAAUGCAGAGGACAAAUUUCACCACACCUAGUGUGUGUGUGACAGUCAUUGGUACUUUAGCUUUAACUUUAAUUAUGCUCAGCAAAUCAGUUUUUCUGGAGUGGGAGAUGAUGCCCCAGUCAUAUUAUAAUCUCUGAAGGGAGAAUGUAAUACAGUCACACACCUGCUGUAUGGUACAUCAACCUGUGCAAUUUCAUUAUUCACUCAGCAGGGGGCAGAAUAUUCCUAGAAAACUGAAGGAUCCACACCCUAAUUUUAAGAAACAAAGGGGUGCCUACUUUCUAUACUGAAGCUUCUUGAUGCCUGCUAUAAAGUGUACAAUUAGUGUGCCUAAAUUGCUUCAACAAAAGCAAUUAAAGGAAAAAUUAGCUCUUUCGAUCCAUUUUUUUUAUAUACUUUCCCUCCGGCUGUAAAAACAAAAUGUGCGAAAAAGCAGCCUUGCAGUACAGUUGGUUUAUAUCCACAGUUCCAGACUGUUUCUCUCUGGUCUGCAGUCAAAGCUGUCAUCGUUAUGAGAUGCACUCUGACCUCCAGCAAUCGUCACAUCCACAGGGGAAGAACUACUUGAGGCCGUGACCAUGGCCGCCGUUGUCAAUCAUUUCCUAAAAAAGCCUGCAGAGAAAUAUGAAGUACACCUCGGAACAUGAGUGGCAAAUAUAUAACCAAUAUAAUACUCAAUUGUAAUAUUACCUGUAUGAAAAAUAUAUAUA